CGAGUUGAGUGAUGCACCCGCAGAGGGAGCCAGUGUAGUGGGGACUGGUGGGAGAUGGUGGCUGUGACAGCAGGGGAGCAGCAGGGUGCGCACCGAGCCGGCUUCUAGUCCGUCCGCACUGCAUCCCCCUCCCAGAUCCCAGGGUCUCCCCCCCGGCAAGAUGCCCGGGCUGAUGCUGUUCGGCCGGCGCUGGGCUAUAGCCAGUGAUGACCUGGUCUUUCCUGGAGCAUUUGAGCUGCUGAUCAGGCUGAUAUGGUGGAUUGGCAUGUUGGUGCUCUAUUCUGUCCACAAGGGGCAGUUUGAGUGCAUUGGUGGUCCUGUACUGCAGAGUUACUUGAUUGUACUUAUUGUUAUGUUGGCUGCGAUAAUCUGCUCAGUAUCUGCCAUUGUCUAUGUCAGCAUGCAAGGUACAAUCUCCAACCCAGGCCCCAGGAAGUGCAUGCCUAAACUGGUCUACAUCCGUCUGGCCCUCUACGUGCCAGAGCUUGUGUGGGCAGUUUUAGGCGCAGUCUGGGUGUCGGACAAUGGGGUUCAGUGUGACAAAGCUUUGGUGCAUGUUAUCCUGGUUACAGUUAUCGCCAGUUGGGCUAUCAUACUGUUCACUGCUAUUGCUGUUGUGAUCGUCUUUGACCCAAUGGGCCACAAGAAAGCUCUGUAUUAUGUGGGGAGUGAAGAUCACAAUAUGGAGAGCAGCCAGUCGCAGCAGGUGCUGUACAACAUCAAGAAGACGGCCACAAGGGUUUGGGAGACUCGCUUCCGACUGCUCUGCUGCUGUAUAGGCAAUGACAAUGACAAUAGAGUGGCUUUCUCCAGUAUUGCAGAGCUUUUCAGCACCUACUUCUCGGACACAGAUUUGGUUCCCAGUGAUAUUGCUGCCGGGCUGACUCUCCUUCACCAAGAACAGGACAAAGUAGAGUUGAGCCGGGAUCCGGAUGAAGUUGUGGCCCAGUCUCCACAACAUUCUACGAGAGAGGAUCUGGAAAUGGAGUUGGAUAAGGCAGCCCACUACAUGCAGUUUGCAGCCGCAGCCUAUGGGUGGCCCCUCUAUGUAUACCGCAACCCCCUCACUGGACUGUGCAAGCUGUGUGGAGAAUGUUGUCCCAACCGGAGGGCCCAGCGAGAUAUCGUAGGCGGCGAUCACCUAAACUGUCACUUUGGCUCCAUUUUGCAGACAACAGGACUCCAGUACCGAGAUUUCAUCCAUAUCACCUUUCAUAACAAAAUCUAUGAAAUACCAUUUUUUGUAGCCCUUGAUCACAAGACUGAAGCCAUCUUGGUAGCGGUCAGAGGAACAUUGUCUCUUGAGGAUGUCUUGACUGACCUCUCCGCAGACUGUGAGAAUCUGCACAAGGAUGAGGUGGAAGGAGAUUGCUAUUCUCAUAAGGGAAUAACUCAAACUGCAAACUACAUUUACAGAAGACUUAUAAAUGAUGGGAUAUUGAAUCAGGCUUUCACCAUAGCACCCGAAUACAAGCUUGUCAUAGUAGGGCAUAGCCUGGGUGCUGGGGCAGCAUCUGUGUUGGCUAUCCAACUUCGGAACUCAUUCCCUACACUCAAAUGCUAUGCAUUUUCACCACCAGGGGGCCUUCUGAGCAAAGCUCUCGCUGAUUAUUCAAAAAGUUUCAUCGUCUCCAUAAUAGUGGGGAAAGAUCUCGUGCCAAGGUUGAGCUUACCCAACAUGGAAGACCUGAAAAGCCGAAUAUUAAGGAUGGUAGUCAACUGCAUCCGGCCCAAGUACCAGAUCUUGCUGCGUGGCUGUUGGUAUGAAAUAUUUGGUGGCAAUCCAGAUGAUUUCCCUACCGAACUGGAUGGACGAAAUCUGGCGUCUUUGUCACAGCCACUGCUGGCGGAACAGAGCCUCCUGGUUCAGAAGUCCUCCUCAUACAAUACCCUGACAGAUGGGUCUCCUGCAGAUUCCCCUCGACACCCUCACCUGUAUCUGCCUGGAAAAAUCAUCCACAUUACAGAAGACAGCAGAUCGGGGUGGCUGUGUUUUUCUGAUGUGAAAUACAAUGCAGCAUGGUCAAAGGAGACUUCAUUCAGCAGCAUUUACAUCAGCCCCAGAAUGAUCACAGACCACAUGCCGGACAUUGUACUGAAUGCCCUACAGAGCCUGUGUCAGGAGAGGGCCACUUGUGUUCCCUGUCAGUCUCCGCAAGGCGUUCUACACACCAAUCGGAUCUAGCCCAGACUGCUCUUGCAUGCUGCGCACCUUCCUACCUUUGUGGAUCUGCAGAAAACAUUGAAAGUGUUUUUAUAUUGGGAACCUUCCUUUCCCAACAUGAGGAUGAAGCAGCUGCUGUGAAGCAAUCUGGGUGGAGAGGAAAGGACGGACAUCUGUUAGCUCUUGCGCUAUCCUUCCUGUGUCAGACAAGCCAAUAUCUUUUUCUUUUUCGUUUAAUGGAAGAUUUGAAGAAAAGCAACAAAAGUAAACCAUUAAAAUUCCCCAUUAAAUGAUAUAUGUCCUUAUGUAAUUUAAGGAGACUAUAUGGGGUCUAUCCAUGUCUGCAAUGCAGGUUAUUGUGUCUCUUUAGUGAUUUAUCUGUGUGUAAGAAUAAGUGUGACAGGGUUUUGCUGCUGUGUAAAGUGUGGCGCAUUUAUUAAAAGUGGUGCGAGUGUAAGAGGUGCUGUAAUUCACAGUAACCCCAUCUGUUUUGGUUUAUUUUUUCUAUUAGUACUUAGAAAAUGAAAGGAAACAGACGGUUGUCAUAGAGAUCUUUUUCUUAUGCAUCAGGUUUCAUAAGUGUGUUGGGUCUUUGAGUAUUGUCUGUAAGGAACGGAAUGCAGAGAUUAUUGUUCUAAGCGUAAACUUGGAUCGGCCAUUACUCUGCAGUUCUGUAAUAUGAGCUUUCAGUGCCUGCACCACUCACCUGCUGCUGCUGCUUUGGGGUCUAACACACCCAUCACUAAGGGGCAGUUCAGUUCUGUGGGAUGCACACAAUCCACCAUAUAUAGUAGGCUCAACAUUGCUCCAAUGUAUCACUACGGGGUACGAGGAAAAAAGUGAUGUUGCUGAAAAAGCACAUGGCAGCCAUCACAUUUCAUUGGAUUGCCCUCUAAUAGGUCUCCCAGUCAUCUGUGCUUCCUGCAAUAAGUAAUCUCCCUUUCAUACACAUCAGUAAUAAUAGAAAAAGGCUGCCUGACCGAACAACUGUAUAGUAACCAUUAUACACCAUGUAUGUAAUUAGGGAGUGUUUGUUGGGUCAUGUAUACUCUAUAGGAGGAUACACACACGAAAUGUCCAGUACUACUUAUUGCAAUUAUUAUGUACAUACAUACAUACAUACAUACAGUGCUCCCUUGUAUGACACCUCUCUCACUUACCACCUCAUAAGAUCUUCCCAAAAUAAGUGCAUUCAAAUGUAUAGUACUAUGUUACCCUAUUUAAGAAAUGUGAUCUCUGUAUGAUACGUAUAUACACAAAUUAUUAUAUAUAUUAUUUUAUACAUACAAUUUUUUUUUCAUAAUUUCUUUUUAUUUAUUUUUAUAAGACAAAAAUGAGUAUUUAUAUAUGGGAGGGUGUAUCCGGUGAUUGUUAGAUCAGUUUUUGCACUAUUAAAAAAUAUACUAAAACACUGAAUAGCUCAAUAUUAUUUGCUUUCCAUUUAAGAGGGGGAAGGGGUUUUGGGGCACACAGUCUCCGGGAGCCACACGACUGGAGAAGCAAACAGGGGUGCCAUUAGAUUAGUUCCCAGAGAGUGAGCGGGACAGUAUGUGUGAUGGUGACAAGGGGAGACAGGCCUAAUGGCGAUUAAAUUCUGUAUCACACAGAUAACAUGAGCAGCUGAUCUGCACACUCAGGCUCCUUCUGCUUCAUUGAGGAUCACACAUUUCUGGCAGCAAACAUAGUUAUGUCCUAAUUUGGAAAAAAAAUAACAUUUAAUUUUCGUUUUAAAUAUAAUGUUAAUAAGCACAUGUUAUGUCGCAAUUAGACAGGUAAUAUUUUGGGGGCUGUAUGUACUGUGACGACCACUGAACAGCAUUUCCAUAUCGAUGAUCAUUCUGUAUGAUGCAUCCUAAAUACAGCUGGCGGCCAGCAAGUAUCAGACAUAUAACCUGCCUAACAUACCGGUAGACUGUACUAUUAAAGGAACAUGGUUUUCCAUAGACUAAAAAUGUCUGAGAUUUUACAAACAUUUUUAUUAUCCUUGAUUUCCAAAUGUUUUGCUGUGUGUUUGUUUUUUGGAUGUGUUUUGUCCAUUUUAUUUGUGAAUUGGAAAUAUUGGCGUUUGUUUGGUACAAGAGACUAAAUGCACAUGUAUAUAAAUUGUGACUGUUCUGCUUUUACUGUGUAAACCUUUCAUACAUUGCUAAGAACUCUAAAUAAAGUGUUUUGGCAAGUCUC